AUUUAACGAAAAUUGAUGAAAAUUAGCGCGUUUGUUGGUGAUUUUCUAUACAUUUCAGCGAAAUGACUUCAAUUUCUGAUGAAAAACCCAACAUUAUGAUAUCUUUACCUAAAGAUGGAAUUGUUACCGAUGCCGAUAAUCAAAAAUGGAAAAUUGGAAAACUUAUAGGACGCGGUAGAUAUGGAAAUGUAUAUUCAGCAAAAGAUUCCAAAUCAGAUGAAUAUUCAUACGCCAUAAAAAUAAUACGUCAAGGCAACCUACCUUCAUGCAGAGAAGCGAAUUUUUACAAAGCAAUAGCGAAAAGACCUCAAGUUGCAAAUUUCAUGUCGUUAAAAGGACUGAAGACAUUCGGGCUGCCCGCUUGCUUACGGCUCGGAAGUUACGCAUUGAACAAAGCGAAUUACAAUUUUAUAAUCACCGAAAAAUACGGGAAAAACCUGUGGGAAAUAUUCCUCGAGCACGACAAGCGAUUCCCGAAGGCUACCGUUUGUAAAUUAGCUAUACAAAUUUUGGAUGUCCUGGAGUAUAUGCACAAUAAUGGAUUUGUUCACGGUGAUAUCCAAGGAAAAAAUGUUCUUUUGGGCAGCCCGAACGAGCACGAAUGCAACCAAAUUUAUUUAAUCGGUUACGAUUUGGCGACUAAUUGUAAUCUAGACAUAGACGAUGCGACGAGAGUGCCAAAAAUUCAUAGUGAUAACAUUUUGUAUCUAAGUAGAGACGACCAUAUGGGAGUUCAUUCGAAAAGGGGCGAUUUGGAAACGUUGGCCUUUAAUAUGGUGCAUUGGAUCGGCUGUGAAUUACCGUGGGAGAAAGAUUUGCCGAAUAUCAGCAAAGUAAAGGCCUCCAAAUUCGAAAACUACUCGUUUUCUUCGUCGUAUAAAUUUUUUAAAUUGUGUUUUGGCGUCCAUUCCAACGAAGAUCCCAUCGUGAAAUUCAUCGAAGAAAUCACAUCCUUGUCCCAAAUGUCCAUCCCCAACUACUUUUCAUUGAGACAGAUCUUGUUAUCCGGUCUGGAUCCCGGAGAUUCUCUAUUUAAACCGUUUAAAUUCUCAACCGAAGAAACCGAAACGAAAUGCAACACGCCGCAAAAUGACUGCAUUAUAUUAGAAUCCUGUUCCAAUCCUAAUGAAACUUCCAAAUCUAACAUCAAAAAAUCGAAUAGAGCUAUAAGGAAAUUACCUACGGGAAAGAAAAUAAACGAACUUGUACCUGACGUGUCGAUUCGUACUCGAAGAAGACAACAGCAGGUGAAUUACAGAGAAGAUUCCGAUGAAGAAAACUUAUCGCCUACUAAAAGAAACAAGAAUACUGAGAAGCAUGUAACCGGUGAUAGCAUAGAGGAAACUAAUGAACCGGUGGAAAGUUAGAGUAUAUUUGAAUUAGAGAUUAAAGUGUAAAUUAUCUGGGAUAAUAGUUUACAGUUAUAAUGUGUACAUAAGAAUUGUUAGGUAUUCGUUUUAUAUUGAGAAGUUUAAGAGUUUUUUUGUAAAAUUUGCCUGUUUUUUUCGUUAUAAAAUUUCGA